AUGAUCAUCCGAUUUUUCUUCGACACGAAACUAUCAUACACAUUCAAACAUAGUUACUGGAAAACAAUGAUAUCUUACAUCCGUCGCGUCUUUAAAUUUAUUCAUUGGCUUUAUCUUCAAUAUCUCUUAAAUACUGCCUUGUACAUGCUCGAACCUUGGGAACGACUACUGUUCUCAACCUUAUUAUUCGCGAUACUUUCCACAGCUCUCUACUCGGCAUUAGUCUUCCUUCCACAUCAUAUCCGCUCAAUGGAGAAAUUUUCAAACAAUUCAAUUAUGAAUGUAACACGUCGAACACCGUAUUUGAAUACCUCAUCGAAAAACGACGACGAAUCGAUGAUGAAACAAACAAGAAAAUCCUCUUGGUUUAAUUGUCUAUAUCAAACGCUCCAGCAUUUAUAUAUGCAGUUUCUCUUAGUAACAACACUCUAUGUCAUGGAGCCAUGGGAAAGAAUCUUGAUGAUCAGCAUCUUCUUUUGUGUUAUUUCAUUAGUGACUUACUCGGCAUUUGUGUAUAUUCCAUUUCACAUUCAUAAUAUUCUACAUUUGACAAUCCCAAAUCUAUCGACAGUUUUGAUACGUUAA